AUGAGAAGGAGAAGGCUCGUUUCGAACCAGAGCUCACAGGUGACAGUGCCACGGAGGAUGGGACGGAUGAGCUCUCCAGUGUUACGUCGGCCUGUGCUGCGAAGGAGGCGGGAUUUCAGGAGAGCAUUUUUCGAGAUGAGGCUGGGUAAUAUGGUGCUGCAGAUGAUGACGGUGGGCUUGCAAAGUAUAGCGUUGACGAUUUCGAGACGAUUCGAUGGACGAGGCCCUGGAGUAGAAACUCAUUGCUGUGGGUCACCCGCGACAGCGGGCCAGUGCGUCGUCUUCCUGACGCUUCUCGCCGAGCCGAAACCCUUCGUCUACAUCCGAGGCGCGCCCGAGAUCGCAAAGGGCAUCUUGCAGCACAUGUUAGACCUCCACGCCAAAGUGAAUACGGUCAUUAUCCUUGCAGUCUUCUUGUGUGGAGAAAUUUCGAGAGCAACCGAAUCAGGUAAGUUCACGUCUAUUGUCGAAGCCGCCCGUCUUCUGCUUGCCAGUUUGACGAGCGUUAAAAGCGUCAUUGCCUCAACUGCCUUGCAAGACGUGGAUGCACAGAACGGUGGCUUGAAACAAAACCUGGCGUUCUUCAGCCAGUGGAUUGAGAAUAUGGAGGUGUUUGCGGUCAAGUUUGUGAGCCAUGUCAUCGACGUGCAUUGCGACCGCAUCUCCACGCUGGCCGCCGCCCUCGAGCAGACGCUGCCGAACUGGAAGGCGAUGUUCCAGGGCGAGAAAAUGAACGAGACCUUGAUCAAAAAACAUAUCUUGAGCAGCCCACACAAGGACUCCUGGUUCAAACUCUCGCAGGGCCUGGAUGCGUUCGUCAAGACCUUUGCCAGCGCUACUGUGACCAUGGCCUUGGAUCCACCUUGGGACGACGACGAAAGGUGCACAGGAGCUGCAGCACUGGCGGCAGGGGCAUCUCGCAAAACAACCGAGACCUUGGCUGUGACUUCAGCUUGUAACGUCUAUUUCAAUUUCGGGAAAUCCGCCCACGGACCGACGAUGGCCAAACAGGUUUUCAACAGCGUUGCCAACAUCAACGACCCUAAAAACCGGAAAGAUGGUGAUGGCUUGUUUGAGCUCCCCAAAGUUUUGGCCGAUGCCUUGCAAACGAUGGCCGACAAUUCUCAGUCCACCGAGGGCCCGCCACAGAAGAAAGCGAGAAUGGCGAGCAAGACCGUCAAGAGGGAGCCGUAG